UUUAAGUGGAGCUGGAGGUCCAAGAGGUACUUGGGAGGUUUUUGUUGUGUUCUGUUGUUUUUAUUUCUUGUAGGCUGGUUCUGUUGAGUGACAACAUGGGGAGCGAUUUCAGCAAGCAGAUCUGCUGUGUGACUUGUGGGAGAUGUAAGAAACAGGAGGCUGAGGAAGCGAACGAAGAGACCAGUGAGACCAAGCCGAUUUUGCAGACCUCAGGGGAAACAUCGAUAUGCGUUGAUACGCAGCCGUCCACACCAGUCCUGGAAGUCUCUAAACAAGGCUCUGAAGAGGUGCAGUCACUGAGCCAGCACCGAUGGCCAUCAGCUGAUGCUGCGGAUGAGAACGCGGAGACCUGCUCUGCUGCAGAUCCCAUGGGAAUGACUGAGGGAUGGGAGGCAGCCUGGGACUCCACGGACUUCUUGGCGGCCCCUGCAGAUGGGGAGACCAAAGGAGAAGUUAAAUUCUUGAGCCAAGUAGACAAUGAGCAAGAGAGAGAGAAAGUGGUUAACGCAGAAGAGAAAAUAAAACCUGUUCCUCGUGCUUCUGAGGCCCAGCCUGUUACACACACAGCUCAGGAUGCUAAGCUUGUUGCAGAUGAAGAGCAGUCUGAAGAACAGGCGGAGGCUGGCAGUGAGGGUAGCCCAUGUGCUGGAAUAACUCUCCAAAGAAAUAUUCUCAACUUCAUAGAAAGCACUAGUGAAACUGCAGCUGGCCAAGACUGUGAGAUCAAGCCUCCUGCAGAGACUGGAGAGAGUCCCAUAGGAAGGAACUUGCCACUACAUGCUGUGCAGAUGGCAAAGGAGACUGAGACCUACCUUUCUGCUGAGCACCUGGACGAGACGGAUGGGGCUAAGCUUGCUGAAGUAAGUCCUCGAUCCAUUAAGAGGGCUGAGCUUACAUCUCUGGUAGAGGCAGCAUCUCUACUGACUGUGCAGGCUACGCAGAGGGCUAGGGAGACAGCGGAUCCUUCGGAAGUCAUAGCAAAUGGUAUGGCUGAGACAUACUCUACUUCUGCAAUGCCCUGGGAGUCCCUGUAUCCAGAAGGGGAACCUCUAGAGCCAGCAAACCAGCUGCUGGACUUAGAGCAAGAGACCCAGUCUACUAUGCCAACUGCACAGGAGAUGGAGAGCCUAUGCUGCGCAGAGCCUGCGGAACUGAGCGAGGUUUUAUGCCAGUCUAGCGAUGGAGUCCUCGGUGAACUGGAAGAUGAGGAGAGCAGGGAACGUGAUGCAGAAACUGCAGCAAGUGAGGCAGAGCCACAGCACAGGAUCAUGCAACAAACAACAGAGCUUCCAGAAGAACCACUAACUUGUGUUCAGAUACCUAUAAAGCAAGAAGCUGAGUUCCUAAAUGUGGCACCCUCUCUGCCCGAAGUGCUUGGGAGUAGCGGAGAAAUAGAGGCUGAAAAUGUUGAAGCUUGAGAGGCCUGAGGAUCAAAGGGCUUGGUGUCAAAGAUCAAGUUCAGUGGCACGGAUGAUGUACUUGCCUUUAGGUAUUUCAGCUAUAGGAAGCAACUAACUCAAGCUGUGGAACUUGGGAUUUUGCAAAAUGUGUCCUGCGCUUUAGAGAGCAGUCUUGCUAAACAGAUAUGUGAAGUAUGCAGUAGACCUUUCCAGAUAUUCUCCUGAAUUAUAGUUUAGUCAUAGUUCUGUUUCUUACGGUUUUCAGUAGCUGUUUUUUCAGGAGAUCAUGCCUUACUGGGAGAGAACUGAUUCACUUAAACUGUGAUUUCACUGAUGUAAUGCUGUGCACUGCAUUCCCCCGUGUGGUAUGGUGAUGUAAGGUUUCAUCUCUCAGGCUUAAGAGUCUGGGAACGCAGCAGACAAAUGCUCCUCUAAUCUAGCACAGUCAGAUGUUUUCUGUGAGGCUAACAGCCACUUCCCUUGCUACCUCAAAAUAAUCAAAUGUUUGAACUACCUCCCUGCCAUACUUCUCUGGUACAACUGAUAGUCCCUGGUUUAUUGUCAAUAUUGAACAAAUAUUUUCACAGGAAGGUGACCAAAUACUAAUUCUGGUUUGUUCUUUGUACCUCUUGUAAUAACGGAAGCACUCAUGUAAUCUGUACUGCUUAUGCAGAAGUUAAAAAAAAAAAAAAAUGUAGUCUUGAUCAGAAUGCAUAAGUCUGUGUAUUGCAGCUUAAAUCUACUGACUUUUAAUGUUCCUAACUUUAUACUACCAAUAAACUAUUUUAAGAUCAUGGCAAAAACCCAUACUGAAUAUGUUUUAAUUGUUGAGCAUUAACGAGAGCGGAGAAUAUGACUGAAACUACUCUGUGCUCUUCUCUACACACUUCAAAGGAGAAAUGGUGACUGACUCCUUUUUAAAAGCCCUUCUAACAAACUCUGUGACUGUAAAGUGCCCAGAUGUGUAUGUGGGAGGGCGGUAGGAUGGCUCACUGGAGUUCUUUUGGGCAUUAUAGUCUGCUUGAGCAACAGGACUUGAAAGGA